CUCCUCCUCACCCUCCUUGAUUUUUGUCUUCUCCAAUUCUGCCAAAAUACCUCCAGCCUGUUUCCUCUUCACCAUUUUAAUUUCUUUCUCUUAACUCCAUCCUCAGUAUAAACAUGACUCACCAUCCAUUUACUGCUAGAUUUUUGUCAUUUUUUUAUUCAUACGAAGUUACGAAUUCUGAGUCUGAUUGUGGGUUUGAAUCAUUUUGUGCAUUACUGAAAUUUAUAUGUCUGUAAUAAAUAAAAAAGGGAUAUAAAAAUUCAUACCCAAAUGAAGAACUCUAGAGUCUUCUUCACCGUUCUCCGUCUUCUCUCAUUAAACUUACAACUACUCUCUUCGCUAUAUAAAUACCCACUUCAGCUCACUCGAUCUUUCUUCACUUCUGUGCAACACACCCACUACCUCUCUCUCAAAUUUUUCUCGCCAUAAUAUUAUUUAGUGAGAAAAAGAAGAAUAAAAACUCUACAACUUGAAGUGCACCAUGAAGCUCAUUCUUGGGACCCUCCUGCUCUGCUCUCUUCUCCUUGGUUCCUCUUUCUUUGAACCUGUAAUGGGUCAGCCAGGGUAUUGUAACGGUAAAUGCAAUGCAAGAUGCUCAAAAGCAGGAGUAAUGGACAGGUGCCUCAAGUACUGUGGGAUAUGCUGUGUGGCCUGCAACUGUGUGCCUUCAGGGACUUACGGAAACAAGCAUGAGUGCCCUUGUUAUAGGGACAAAAAGAACAAGAAGGGCAGACCCAAGUGCCCUUGAUCUUUUCUUUUUCCACUUACCCUCCCUUUUCAAGCUUUUCUAUAUCAGUGAUCUUCUGUAAUAUGCUUCUUCUAUAUGUAUGUGUAUGUGUAUGGGUUUAAGGUUAUAAGUAUACUAGCGUUUGCUUAAUAAAGGAUGGUGUCUUGAGAAGUGAGAGUUGAAUCUUGAUUUUCUUGGUAAUAAAGGAUUCCUUAUAUUUA